AUGGGCCAGAAGAAUUCGUCUACGGUGGGUAUGACUAACUUUGCGGAAGAGACUAAUAAAGUUAUGAGCGCCCUGAGUUCGUUGAUGCAAGAUAACGAUGAUAACGAUGAUAAAUUUCCCAGCGACGAAUACGAGUGGUUUUUCCUCGAUCAAAACAAUACAUGGACAAAGUAUGGCCACGCUAGUUCUGGAAAUGAUGCAAGCACUGUUCCUUCUCAAGGAUCUGAUGACAUUGAAAAACAUUACCAAAGUCGGCCUGAUCAGCUGAUGAGCAUCAAGAGCCGCCAGCACUCAUACGAGCUGAACUUUAAAACCAUGAUACAGACCAACUUAAGCACAAAAGUGCAAAGACCAAUGCGUCGUACGAUCAAGAAUUCUGGCAGUAACGGCGGAAAUAUUGUGUCCGUGAAAUUGAAUUAUGAAUGGUUCUUCAAAGAAGACAAUGGGUCAUGGGUUAAGAUUGGCUCCAAAGGUGAUUCCGACGUCACAAGUGCUAUCGAAAAUCAUUACCAGACAAACCCAACGACAAAAUUCAAGUUCACUGCAGGCAACCAGUCGUACCUUCUGGAUUUCACCAACAUGACUCAAACUAACACCACGACUGGCAAAGUGCGCAACGUAUAUCGACGCGAGAACAUCACAUCCAUGCAGGGUGCUACUUCUGGCUCGGCUAAUGCAGCAUCAUAUCAAGCAUUCAACGAUAUCCCCAAAGGACAGGCGUAUUCCGUGACUACCCUUAAACCAAACCAAACUGAGUACGACAAAAUUCUUUCUUUACUGAGGUCCCACAUUCCAAACUGCAACCCCAUUGCCAUCCAUAAAAUCCUCAACCCUUACCUAAAAAGAGCAUUUUAUAACAACAAGGCUAAACUAGAGAAUCGAUUCCCGGAUGUCAAGUACAAGGAUGAGUGGCUCUUCCACGGGACAGACUCCGCCAACGUCAAACCAAUUCUAGAAGAUAAUUUUGAUUGGAGGCUUCAUGGAACUAAUGUUGGACAACUUUAUGGACAGGGCGCCUACUUCUCCAACAACGCCGCAAUGUCUCGCAAGUACGGUAAUGCCAUCUUCAUCUGCGGGGUCUUGGUGGGCCUCACCGCGCUUGGCGACAAAGAAACUAUCAGACCUCCGAAAGACAAGUUCGUCCCUUCUGCCUAG